AUGGGCUCAUCAGACAUCCCCCCUCCCUCAGCACCAGCCUGGAUCGUCCCGGCAUCAACGAUAUGCCUAUCAACCGGCGUAACCUUCUGGCUCCUCGCCUACAUCCUCAUGGUCCGCCGCUCCCUCGCCACAGGCCACACCCCAGCACCCCUCGUCGCCCUCGGCCUCAACCUCGCCUGGGAGGUCGUCUACGCGUUCGGCGUCUGCGAAGCCCCCAUCGAGUUCUUUGGCUUUACGCUCUGGCUUCUCUUUGACAUCCCCGUCGUCUACGCUACCCUUAAAACGGCGCCUAGGUCCUUUGCGAGCAGCCCGCUCGUUGCGCGCAAUGUGCCGUUGCUGCUGGCUGGUGUGUUUGCCGCCGGGUUGGUCGGCAAUGGGCUGUUUGUUUGGUGGUGGCUCAAGGAGCCUCACCGAGGGUACGGCAUCAAAUGGGGAAAGAACUGGAAGGGCCUUGAGGCGCGCGACACGACUGAGCUGGCGUUUUGGUCUGCUGGCGUGGCGCAGAUGAUGUUCAGCGUUGGUGCCCUCGCCAUGCUCCUCCAGCGAGGACACUCUGGUGGACAGAGCUAUGCAAUCUGGUUUUGCCGAUUCAUCGGCACAGUCGUUGGCCUCCCCAUCAGCUGCAUCCUACUCUGGUGGCACUGGCCAGAGGCGCAUGGCUUCGUCUUUCAUCCUCUGGGUCUUUUCUUUGUUGGAACUGCGGUAGUCUGUGAUCUAUUGUAUCCGUUCCUACUGGCCUAUGUUCGAUCAACCGAAAGGAUCCUGCCUGAUGGAACCGUGGUGGCCGGAGAGACGUUUGCCGAGGUAGAGAAGAAGCAGCAAUAA